AUGCCGAAAGUAGCGAAAACCGCAAGGCUCAAAAUGGAGCUCUUCGUUAAAGAACUGGGUCCCGAUUGCCUCACCACAGAUGGAACGGUUCUUACGUGCAAAUUGUGUGCGAAAGUGGUGAAUGCGGAGAAGAAAUACUCCGUACAGCAACACUUGAAGAGCGCCAGUCACCAGGAACGCGCUAAGAAAACGAAGGAUACGGAUCAGACACUCUGCCUCCUGAAAAAUUACGUGGAGCUGUCUAGUAGAGAGAGCGCUUUCAGCAUGGACUUGUGCGAGAUGAUGGUGCAGUGCAACAUACCGCUGCACAAGGCUCAGCAUGAAUCGUUUCGCAGAUUUCUCGAAAAGUGGAGCAGCGAAAAAAAGGUACCUGACCCAAGAACACUCCGCAGGAAUUACCUGAGGAAACUGUACGAAGCGACUAUGGAGAGGAUCCGAAACACCGUCGGGGAUAAUCGGAUCUGGGUUUCAGUAGAUGAAACCACCGACUCCCGAGGCCAGUACGUAGUUAAUACUGUCAUCGGCUGUCUCAGCGCGGAAGAGGCUUCGAAACCGAUGUUAAUGGGAUGUGAAAUUGUCGAGCGUACCAAUCACGCUACCAUCGCUCAGGCAUUCACGAAUGCCUUGAGUCUACUCUGGCCGACCGGCAUCAAGCAUGAACGAGUCCUCUUGUUCAUAUCGGACGCAGCGCCAUACAUGAAGAAGGCAGGGAACGGUUUGAGUGUACUCUUCCCCAAAAUGAUCCAUGUCACUUGUUUAGCACAUGCAGUACAUCGAGUCUGCGAAGAGAUUCGCGUUUCUUUCCCUGAAGUCGACUCCUUGAUCGCGAACGUGAAGAAGGUUUUUGUUAAGGCUCCAUCUCGAGUCCAAGUUUUCCGAGAGGUAGCACCGUCUGUUCCGCUCCCUCCCGCACCUGUCCUGAGCCGAUGGUGCACUUGGUUGUCUGCAGCAUUGUACUACGCGAGGAACCUGAACGAAAUCACGAGAGUUCUGGCUGAGCUCGAUGGUAGCGAGGCAGCGGCGAUUCGGAAAUCGAAAGAGCUCAUGGUCGAUCCUUUCGUGAAAUCCAACCUCGCUUCGAUUGCCUCAAAUUACUGCCGACUCCCAGAAAGCAUAACGAGACUGGAAUGCAGUUCUCAGCGUCUGUCGAUAACGCUCGGAAUCGUUGAUGAGAUCAGGCAGAGUCUGAUUGGCGGUGUCGGUCAAAAGGCUGAGCUAAUAAGAUCUAAACUCGAAAGAGUGUUGGAAAAAAAUGCCGGAUUCGAAACGGUCUCCAUGAUCCAGCGAGCUCUCGAAGGCGAAGGACUGUCCGACGAAAUUUCCAGUUUAAGCGCCUCUGAACUCUCUUCAUUCACCUUUGCUCCACUGGUGAGCGUCGACGUCGAAAGAUCUUUCUCUCGUUAUAAGGCGCUUCUAUCCGAUAGACGAUACUCCUUAACCGCCGAAAAUGUAAAACAUCAUAUCAUUGGUCUGUGUAAUGUUCCCGUAGCCGAAUAA